AUGGCUAGAGGCUCAUUUCAACUUGUUAUUCUUGUGUUCUUUUUCCAGUUUUUGGAUUUCGAGACUUUUAAACUCGCAUACUGCAAACAAAAUGUUCGCUUAAUUUGCAGGGAGAAUGAGAAGAAAGUGCUCAUCACGUUCAAAGAGGCCCUUACAGAUCCUUCAGGGAGACUUGCUUCUUGGCGCGGAGAGGAUUGCUGUAGAUGGAAUGGUGUGACUUGUGAUAACAGAACUGGAUAUGUAAUUGAGAUCAAACUCCGGAAUCCAUAUCCAAAUAGUUUUAACAGCGAUGGACUCGUCUAUGAGUUGGGUGGUGAGGUUAGUCCUUCUUUGCUUGAUUUGAAAUACUUGAAUCAUUUAGACCUCAGUAUGAAUAAUUUUGGUGGGGCUCAAAUUCCAGACUUCCUUGGGUCGCUAUCCAAGUUGAGAUAUCUGAAUCUUUCUAGUGCAUCAUUUGGAGGUCGAAUUCCACCUAACCUCGGAAAACUUUCUGAGUUGGAGUGUCUUGAUCUCAGUUAUUACUAUAACGAGAAGGUAGAAAAUGGCCUUCAGUGGAUAUCAGGUCUUUUUUCUUUGAAAUACCUAAAUUUGGGGGGUAUAGAUCUUAGUCGAACAGCAUCUCAUUGGCUUCAAACUCUCAAUUUCCUUCCGGUUAUUUCAGAAUUGCAUUUAUUCCAGUGUCAGCUAGUGAAUCUUCCAACUUCUCUUCUGUCUGUUAAUUUUACUUCUCUUUCAGUACUUGACCUUUCGAACAAUGGUUUUAACUCCACAAUUCCGGAGUGGCUAUGCAAUUUAAAUAGCUUGAAACGCCUUGAUCUCAACUCGAACAAUCUUUAUGGUGUUUUACCAGAUGCAUUAGCAAAUUUGACUUCCCUCGAGGACCUCGACCUGUCAGAAAAUUUUGGUAUUGAAGGAAAGUUAACAAGAAAGCUGGGAAAUCUCUGUAAUUUGCAGAAUCUCGUACUCACUAACAACAAAGUUGAUGGUGACAUAAUGGAGUUCAUCGACGGCUUGUCUGAAUGUUCGAACAACAGGCUGGAGACACUGGAUUUGGGAUUCAAUGAACUGACAGGAAACCUUCCCCAUUCACUUGGCAGCCUCAAGAAUCUGCUAUAUCUUCUUCUCUGGCACAACUCUUUCCGAGGUUCAAUUCCAGAAACAAUAGGGAACUUGUCGUCGUUGAGGGAACUAUACCUCUCAUACAACCAAAUGAGUGGAAAAAUCCCGGUGAGUUUUGGGAAACUUGUUUCCUUAAAUGCAGUCGACUUGUCUGAAAACAUGUGGGAAGGUGUCAUAACAGAAGCCCAUUUUAAGAAUCUCUCCAGCUUGCGUGAACUAUCAAUUGGUCAGUUGCAGCCAAAUGUUUCCGUGGUAUUCAACAUCAGUUCUGACUGGAUGCCUUUGUUUAAACUCGUUUAUAUAAAAAUCCAGGCAUGCCAACUUGGCCCCAACUUCCCAAUAUGGCUCAGGAAUCAAACCGAGCUUAAGACCAUCGUACUAAACUUUGCAAGUAUUGGAGAUGUUAUACCGGAUUGGUUCUUGAAUAUGGGUUUAGAACUUAAAGAACUGGAUCUUGCGUACAAUCAGUUAAGUGGUAAGAUACCAAACUCACUCCGUUUCUCCUUUGGAUCGAAUGUUGAUUUGAGUUCAAACUUCUUUGAAGGACCUCUCCCACUUUGGUCUACUAAUCUUACUACCUUGUAUCUGAGGGACAACCUAUUUUCAGGACCAAUUCCUUCAAACAUUGGGACAGCAUUGCCUUUUCUGACAGAUUUAGACAUCUCAAAAAACAAUCUUAAUGGAACAAUUCCCGUCUAUAGGAAAUCUGACACAAUUGACAACCCUAGUCAUUUCAAACAAUCGUUUGUCAGGAAUCUUUCUGGUACGAUACCAGACUCCAUAGGGUCUUUACCUAUUCUCAAAUUUUUAAUCCUCUCUAGUAACAAUCUUUCAGGAGAAUUGCCUUCCAGUUUAAGAAAUUGUACCCAACUAAAUAGCCUUGAUAUCGGUGACAAUCAAUUCGUUGGAAAAAUUCCAGUUUGGAUUGGAGAAAACAUGUCAUUGUUGUUAAUUCUACGCUUACGGAACAACUCUUUUACGGGAAAUAUUCCUUCAGAAAUCUGUAAACUCUCUCUGCUUCACAUAUUGGACAUCUCGAAAAAUAACCUGUUCGGGUUUAUACCCACGUGUGUUGGAAAUCUGAGUGGCUUUCAGACAGAUUUUACAUCGGAUGAUGCUGCUCAAUACCAGGGGGAUUUGCGGCUUAUUGCAAAAGGAAGAAUAAUUCAGUACUCGUCCUCGCAGCUGUACCUUGUUAACAGUAUAGACCUCCAUAUCCAUAUAUUUAACUGCACAUUAGACCGAUUAAGUGGGUCGCAGCACGCUUUCAAUGAGAAGAUCGGGGAGAUUCAGAGGAUCGUAAAGGAGGCAUUCACGAAAGGAAGAUAG